AUGCCUCAAGACCCUGCGAUGACGAGGACUGAUAGUGUUGCCACCUUUGUGUCUAGUGACGGAUCUAAUCACUCUCGAAGCACUUAUCGAACCGCUUCCAGCCAUCAACCCGUUUUGAUUACUCUCGAAAAAGCCAACCCGGAAGAUGGAGUUGAUGGGAGAGAAUCAACAGAAACAUAUGCGUCCACAAUAUUGUCAGAAACGGAAGAGGACACAAACAAUCAGCCACCAAUCGAACUUGUAGCGGAUAGAUAUGAGGAUUUCCCAUCAAAUCCUAUCCCCUCCUCUCCACCAAUUUUUGGAGAGUUGUUCCCAUCUGCAAGGCGUCUACUUAUAAGGCACGAUGAUACUACGAUCGAUGGAAACAUGAACCUACGUAUCGACACCACUGCGGUGCAGCCAGGAGGGCGUCAAUGUACCAUCAUACUCUUUCAUCUUCGCAUGCACGAUUUGCGAAACAGGAAAUUCUCGCUUCGGCGGUAUUGCAGGGAUUCCGGAAGAGAGGUCUGCCAUUCGGUCAGGAAGUUCCAUUACCCAUCUGCGGAAAUGCUCGGUGCUCUGCAACGACCAUUGACGAGCGCUUUCUCCACUCUACGUUCCAAAUCAGAUUCAACCCACCCCACAACUAAUGGGCUGUGGAGGCAGAACUCAGGGUAUAACAAGCAGGGGACGGAGUGUACGGAGUGUCCUGAGAAUGACAAUCGCAGGAGAUGUUCCACGGAAUCCUUAUCCCGCUCCAAAGGCCCCGAACCGACAAAUAUUAUCCAACUCGAAUUCUCCAAUUAUGCACAUGUCGACGUUAAACGAAGAGGCACCACGGGCUCCAAACAUUACGAUUUCGAAUAUUGGAGCACGAGAUAUCAAUGGAAGAAAACCACACGAAAGGGCGGAGAUUCUAAGGAAAUCUCGUUUGACCUCUAUCCUGCAGCGAAGUCAAAGCCAGUUGCACACAUUUUAACCGAGCCUCUGACUCCACUUGAAGCUCUGGAAGAAAGGAGCAAAGGCGGCUGGGUUCCGCCCUGCUCUCUGUGGAUCAGCGACGCUUCCUUAUAUGAAAGUAUGAAAGAUGUUGCUGAUGCCAUCGUUGCCACUGGUCUCAUUGCAUUGGUGGACGACAGCAUCAAGCGCCAUUGGAACAACAAAAACACAACACAUUCCUGCAGUCCCAUGACUUCAUCGUUUAUGAGGAGUGUGGACUCCGUGGCAUCUAACAAAAUUAUCGAAAAAGUUUUCCACCGUCGUGGCUCGACUGGAUCUCGACACAACUCAUUCCGCCAGAUGUUUGCUCAUGCUUAA